AUUCGCAACGAGACAGGAUGCAACUUGAUCUGAUCAUUGAUCUGAACUGAUCUUUGGUAGUUAGUCCGGGUAUAGUCUGAAAAGGCUGAGUCUUGAGGCCACGGCGGAGAAUGGGCAGUGAGGGAAAGGUUCAAAGAGGGACAGGGAGUUCGUUCCACCGCUGGGGAGCUAGCGAUGAUGUGAUGAAGUACGUGAGUGAUGAUGACCGUUGACUUUCGCUGCUUGUUGUCUGAUUUGAUUAGUUGGUUCGUAUCAUUGCAAGUGUGGAUGCAUGUGCGUGAUAACGCUAACGAUAGUCUAGCAGUUCCCACAAGUGUCGAAUCGAUUCGGUGAAAUAUAAAAUAUAAAGUUUUUUAAGUUUUCCUUGCAAAUCACAACAACAGACGGAUCGUUCUCAUGUGACUGGUAUAUACUCAAGUACGAUGGAUACAGCUAAUUAUGGCAGUCCUAAGUAUUCUGGGUUCAGGCUCCAUAAUUGUCUAUGCAGCCAUCCAGAACCUGAUAAGGACACCUGAGGUGCAGCCCCUGUUCCUGCUGAGUGUGACGGACCUGCUGCUCAGCUUCAGCUGGCUGGUCGGAGCAGUGCUCUUCUCCCAUGUCUGUGAGGGACAUGCCACCUGCUACAACCUGAACACCAUCCAACAGAUAUUCUACUUGUCCUCGUUCUUCUACACGCUGAACUACAUCUGGGUUCUCUACACGGGCCUGAAGGAGAAGUACCACGGUCAUCAGGGUGGCUACAACACUCAGAUUCCCAGGAGGGCGAGUUCGUUCAGAAGCGUCGUAGCCGUCCUGUCAUGUCUGCUACCAGUGAUGCUGAUGGUGCCGGUGUUUGCCGUGGUGAACUUGGAGCACUGCUACACCAAUUUCAGCCGGCCCUACAAGUGUCUCCUGAUGCACACCGGCCCGCUGUACCCCUCCCCUGGCAACCGGACGGUCAGUGGCGCCUGCUACGGCAUCUACGUCUACGGCACCGCCAUCUUCCUCUCCGCGUUCCUCCUCACCUUCCUGGGCAUCGUGGUGCUCAUGGGAAAGGCGCGGGCCCUGUACAAGCGCUGUGCCACCUCCAACGGGUUCCUGGGCGAGCGGCAGUGGGAGGUGCUGCGGUUCCUGGAGAGGCGCAUGCUGCUGUACCCCUCCGCCUUCUUCUUCUGCUGGGGCCCAGCCAUCAUCCUCGCCAUCAUCAUCCUCAGUGACCGAGACGCAGUGCAAGGAGCCCUGGGCUACGCGCUCUACAUAUUACAGGCGCUCACCUCGGGCUCGCAGGGCCUGCUGAACUGCCUGGUGUACGGCUGGACGCAGCGGCGCUUCCGGCGGCUCCGGCGGCCGAGCAGCGGCGACGUGCGGCACGCCGACACGCAGACGCCGCUGCUGCGCGCGCAGAAGAGCGCCUACUCCACCCUGCGCUCCUAGGGAGCGGUCGCUAGGGCGACGCCACGCCAACUCCACGGCGACGCCACGGCAACACGCAGCAUCCCCCCC